CAAUAGGAGCGCAAUAAAAAUAAGAGUGGAUGUAACAUAAAAGAUCUAGAUCAAUCAUCAAUUUAGAUACAAUUUUAUUAUAUUGCGCUUCAGUGUUUACACACAAUAUUGUUGAUUAGCAACGUUAAAAGUUUGUUCUUUGAAAUUGUGCAAUGUAUGCUAAUUUGUUGUUUUUUUCGCAAUAGAAUCUGAAUUCUGGACCCAGUGGUAGCACCUAGGUCUUGUUGGGCGGGUAUUGAACUGCAGUGCAAGUUACAAUAAUUUUAACCUAACUUUUGUGUUUUAUAGGUCAACCAAGAGGAGAUAUUAUUUUGCAUUUUUGAAUUUGCUUAUUGUUCUUAAGCACAAAAAUAAAAAAAAGAGCCACCAUCAUGCCACCCAGUCGCCUCGAUAGUAUUUAUCGAAGACUAUUGAUUACACGAUUUUUUGAAAAAGGAUGGGGCAAACCAGAGAACUUGCAAAGACUUUUUGAAUUCCGCAAAACUAUGUCACGACGAGAGAAAUGCUUCAAAUUAGUUCCGCCCGAUUAUCCAAUCGAAAUAACAAAGAAAGACAAGUACACAGAUUGUACAAUUCUUGAAGGGAAUUUCAAAACUCCUUUUGAAUUUCAUUUACCUGGAUUAGUACCGAAAGAAUCGCAUAAAGCUUAUUUUCAAGUUAUAUUGCCAAAUAAAUGGGCUGACGAAAAGCACAAACCAAUGUGCAUUCACUUGGCUGGUACAGGUGACCAUUAUUUUUGGCGAAGGAGAAAUUUAAUUGCUAAGCCAUUGCUUAAGGAAGCCAACAUUGGUGGUAUCAUCUUGGAAAAUCCAUUCUAUGGACUUAGAAAGCCGGAAAAUCAAGUGCGGUCCAAUUUGCGGAAUGUCUCUGAUAUUUUUGUUAUGGGUGGUUGUCUAAUUCUCGAGUGCCUUGUGUUGUUGCAUUGGUGUGAAAGAAAUGGUUAUGGUCCUUUAGGCGUGACAGGAAUGUCAAUGGGUGGCCAUAUGGCAUCUUUAGCGGCUACAAAUUGGCCAAAACCUCUUGUUUUGGUCCCCUGUUUGUCGUGGUCUACAGCUGCUGCAGUAUUUACCACGGGUGUUAUGAGUCACUCUAUCAAUUGGGACAUGUUGGAAACACAAUAUUUUGCUGAUGGACAAUACCGGGAACGUCUUUCGAAAAUGGUAACCAUAAUCGAUGACGCAUUUACAGCGGGAAAAAAGUUCAUCAAAGACUUUAAUCAGUCGAUUAAUGAACUCAAAGAAGACAUAAAAGAAGUUAGAAAAAACGAACUCGGAUUUAUUGAGGAGAAUCAUCAAUUUUUAAGAGUUAAUAAGGAGAAUUCAUUUGACUUGGAGAAGCGAAUGCAAGGUAAUAUAAUUCCUUCCUACAAGCUAUUACAGACUGAAGGCAAUGACCUUGAUGCAAAAUCUCAAAAAACAAAAUAUGACCUAGAUAUGAGCGAAAACAAGGCUCUAGAUAUUUAUAACAAACAAGAAUUACAACCCGCUACCCUGACCACAAAGCUUAUGAAUUAUAUUUACCCUCAAUCAAGUUUGGAAAAUGUGAAAAUUGACAUUUCUAAGACGAAUUGGUGGGAACGGGAAGCCUUACAAUUUAUGCGUGGGGUAAUGGAUGAGUGCACGCAUCUGAAGAACUUCUCUGUUCCAUUCGAUACUUCGUUGAUCAUAGCUAUUUGUGCUAAAGAUGAUGCAUACGUUCCACGAGAAGGAUGUACAAGUCUGGAAGAAAUUUGGCCAGGUGUUGAAGUAAGGUACUUGAAUGCCGGCCAUGUGAGUGCUUAUAUUUUACACCAAAAAUUAUUUAGAUCAAGCAUUAUUGAGGCCUUUGAGAGAGCUAAGAAAAAAGCUGAAGAGCAAGAGUCUGAACUAUGUUUAAAUGAGGAUAUAAAACCGACUGUGACUUAUGAGGAGCUUCAAAAAAGAUAUGAAAAAAUAAUAUUUUCUUAACAAGAAUAUAUUAUCAAUAACUUUACAAUACCAAUUUUAUUAUCAAGAUUUUAAUCUCUAAAUUUUUCUACUAGUUUUUUCAUCGAUGAUUUAUAAAUCUGCUGCUGGGUAAUGUUAUCUUUUUGAAAGUGCGUUAUUUACAAUAUUUUUAACUUUUGUGAUAUAAAGAUAAAUAAUAAUUAGUCUACAAAAAAUAUAUAUACCGCUUGAAAAUGUAUUCUUAAAUAAAUGGUUACAUUUGUUUAA